CAGCUUCUUACACAUCAAAUCCUCACCACAAAUAUUGUCUCCACCUAAAUCUCUUUCCAAUUUCAGUCCACUUGCAUUCUCUCUUUGUUCUCUGUUGCCAACUGCUUUGAUUUCUUAGUCGUUGCUCUCUGUCUCCGAGUUUUUGACUGUAUAUGAAACAAUAGAUAAGUAUGGUUAUGUUCAAACAAAAAGAAAAAAAGAAAUUGAAGUUUAACUGCGUCUGACACAUUUGCUGCUAGUUUUGUUGUUUGCAGAGGUUUAUACAAUGUGCCACUUUGAGCUUAACAUUACGAACACCAGGGAUACAAUUACCGCAACAGUGUCAGAAACGGUGGCACAGACAAUGUUAUCCCUAACUAGCAAUCAAAUAUAUGAAAAUGUUGCUACUCAGAGAGAACCGUUGUCUAUUGUCCGUACAAAUCAACAGUUUGUUCAUAGACUGUUUAGACUUCAGCUACAAAAGCUGAGCUACAGAUUCCCCAACCAAACACCUUGUAUGUUGGCUGUUACAUCCUUCACUGAAGCAGAAAACCCGGUUGUUCAAACAUUAUCAUCACCAAUGGCUCCCGGAGAAACAGGUAAGAAGCAAAAAGUCGAACCGCGCACUCUAGCAAAAAAGGCUUAAAGGUAAGAAUACUUUUAAUAGUUUGUUCUCUAUUGUAUCGUACCUCCAUUUUAACUUCUUCCUUGGAACAUUUGCAUUAGGUGACGUGAAAAGAAACAUGCUGCUAAAACGGCCACAUAGGUUGCAACUUAAGAUGACUCUGGACUAAUACAAAAGACUACAUAUAGGAAAAAUCGUUGUUUGGUUGUUGUAGUAAUCUGAAUAGGAAAAAUGGACUUUUUACUUUCUCUGGCAUAGAGUAGACCAAAAUUCCUUUUGGACUUUGCCUAAAUUUGGUUAUGACCAUUUUGUAUCUGUGCAAAUUACCCUGUUGUUCUAUUAAUAGUCAACUUUUUCUGAAACAUCUGACCGAGUUACUUGUGAUGGUCAUUAAUGACAUGGUACAAAUAUUGGUUCAUCGAAGAUGAUCAAUUUGCUCAUCGUUUCCAACAACUGCUUCGAGUUUGAUACUCGGGAAAAAUUUGUUUCCGCUAUGUUUUAUCCCUAACAUUUAUAGCAUGUCAACCACAAUAGGCCGGUAAAUAUAAUACUCAUGCUUCCUUCAUUGAUUCUUUGUACUCACUACAAUCAAAAUUAAUUUGUCUCCCUCUUUUGUAGCCUCUCCAUCUGGACAGGUAAAUAGAACAAUCCUACACCCUUUCAUUACUGCCUCCCUUUACUACAUCACCGUACUAGAAAAAUAGAACACUGUAUUUUCCUUCGCCUGCUUAAAUUAUCUCUACAGGUGGCAAGUGCCCAAAGUUGGAUGCAGCCAAGUUUGCCUAAAUGAUGUGGCAUGUACAGCUAGAUUUUGGUUAAUUAAAGCUUGAUUUUGCCUGCCUCCACCAACGUCAUAGAAGCGGCCGCAUCAACAGACUUUUUCAUUUUGGUGUAACUAAUAGUAUAGUCACAACUUAAUGUGACAAAUCUACAUGUUAAUAGUUUUCACAAUUAUUAUUGCGCCCGUGCUAUUCCUAAAAUCCUCAAGUUUCUAUUAACUUGCAACAAGAAGGGAAGAUGAAUAUC